UAGAAGCAGGGUAGUGUGCGGGUUUACGGUUGAAUGUGGACGGGAAGAGCGCAGCGGACUGGAGUGGGAUCACGGUGGAGGGAGAGCGGCUUUCGGACGGGUAGGCACGGCGAGCUGCACACGUGGGAGCGCCGUGAGCAAACAGCGCAGCAACAGGCACAUUGUGUAACCCCUGUUGUUUGACUUCGUCAUUUGCACAUUUGCCAAUGAUGGAUUGUACUCCAGACUCUGGAUGCUCAGGUGCUCCAGGAUCACCACACGAAGUAAAACAGGAUGGAAGUGAGACGUCAAAAGAUCAUAAUAUGUACAAUGGAUCUCAGAAGAAUGAUAAACCCAUUGAGAAGAAAAAUGAAGAACAGCAUGUGACCAAGAAAAGAGGCUGGCCAAAGGGUAAAAAGCGCAAAAAAAAUGUCCCCAAUGGUCCCAAAGCUCCACUGACAGGAUACAUGCGAUUCUUGAAUGAACGCCGUGAACAGUUACGGGCACAGCAACCAGAUUUACCUUUUCCAGAAAUCACCAAAACAUUGGGCAGUGAAUGGAGCAAACUCCCACUUGAAGACAAACAGUUCUACCUUGAUGAAGCUGAACGGGCAAAGCAACAGUAUAUAAAAGAACUGCAGGAGUACCAGCGAACUGAAGCUUAUAAAAUGAGCAAAAUUGCCAUCCAGGAAAAGAAGCUAAGAAAAGAAACCGCUCAUUCAUUGUCAAAUGGCAUGCAUGGUGAGAAGAACAACGAGCAGCAAGGGAAAAUGUCUAUGUUUAAUAUUCCAAUUUUUACUGAAGAAUUUCUUGAUCAUAACAAAGCUCGAGAAGCAGAGUUGAGAAAGUUACGAAAGACAAAUAUCGAAUAUGAAGAGCAGAAUGCAGUCUUGCAGAAACACAUUGACAAUAUGAGAAGUGCUAAAGAGAAACUGGAGGAGGAGCUGGCUGAAGAACAAAGCCAAAAUGCAAAUCUACACAAGCAUCUUGACAACUUACGGCAAAUGUUAACAGCUAGUUUCACUGAUGUCUCACUGCCAGGAAGUGGAGAAAGUGUGACAGUUGACACAAUUGAUUUGUUUAUGACAAAACUGCAUAGUAUCAUAGACAACAACCCUCAGCAGAAUGAAAAGCUUGUGAAGAAGGUCCAGGAGAUAGUCAGCAGCCUGGACAGCAGUGAUGGACCUUAAAACACAAGGAACUUCAUCAGUGAAUAAGGUUCAGUGAUCCAUGUUAGCUGACAUCCCAAGUUCCUUUAUCUUUCUAAACUUUAUAAUGUUUUCUGUAACUCCAUGAAGAAGGUAAAACUUUUAUUUUGGAGUACGGUGCAAUUAUGGAGAACUACAUUUCUACAUCAUUCAAGAUUAAAGUAAGCAUUUUGAACUCUUUGUCAACUAUGGCAUCAUGCGGGUUGUGACCUCCGAGUUGAUUUUUCUAGUUUUUAUUAACUUUUAUAAUUAGUAUGUCUUUGUGCAUGCAUAGUCUAUAGAUUUAAAAACUGCAUUGUAAAAUUUACUGCCAUUUUGUUAUGACUAAAUUAUGUUUGUAUUAAUGUUUUGUAGACAAAUGUGAAAUACUAUGUUAGUAAAGGAAGCUAGAGUUUGGUUUGAAAGCAGCCGUGAAGGGAGGGAUGUAGGCAGUGCCAUUUCCACUUCAAUGUAGUCAUGCUUACAGCCAAUAAAUAUAAGCUAAUGAUGAUUUAACUUCUUGGAGUCAGCUUCAGAGAAAAAAAUCUGGUAAGAUGAAAUUCAUCACAAACUCAAUUCUUUAGGAGAUGUGCAGGGUUAUUUUCUUUUAGAUUUAUUUUUUUUGGGGGGAAAAUGUGUUUAUCUUGAAACUAGAAUUGAGUUUUCUUCCUGGGUACAGUAGCAACUGUUUACAUGUUUGGGUAUUGUGUUUAGAAAGCCUCAUAUUCUAGGUUAUUUUGUGAAAUGAUAUAUAGACCUCUGGUAACAACAUAAAGUUAGUCUGGUGUAGUAUCUCAAUGUUAUUGGCCCCGCUAUCUUGAAGUAAUAAGAAAUGCAUCUUGGUUUAACUAUACUGGGGUUAUUAGCAUAUUUCAGUAAUAAAUCCUAACUCAGUAGGAAGCUACCUUGUAUACUCAUGCAUACUGUGAGGCAAACUUAUUAUUUCACUGUUUCAACUUAAAUUAUAUUUCUUAAACUGACACACCUGGAAGUGAUUAUGUUAUAGAGGGAGGAUUACAUUAAAAGAAUGUAUAUUUCUGCCUGAAUAUUUGAGAUUUGUUUAAACCCACUGAGUAUUGUCAGACAACUGUUAUCAAGUGUGCAGCUGCUUGGAAAUGUUACCUGAAAGGAAGAAGUCUGCAGCACAUUGCUGAAGAUCUUAGAGGCAAAAUGCAUGACAAAUCACCACAGAGAGAGCCAAAGCUAUUUGACAUUUCAGAGUUUGGUCUAUUGAAUCAAAACCACAUGCAAACCUGUUAUAUCUUGGUAAAGUUCUGCUGCCGUUAAUCAAAACCAUAUGCAUAUUGUUAUAUCUUGGUAAAGUACUGCUGCCACUAAUCAAAAUAUGCUGUGUCCUAUUGAAUCAAAAUCCCAUGCAAACCUGUUAUAUCUUGGUAAAGUACUGCUGCCGUUAAUCAAAACAUGCCGUAUUCUAUUGAGUCAAAACCACAUGCAUACUCUUAUAUCUUGGUAAAGUUAUGCUGCUGUUAAUCAAAACAUGAUGUAUCCUAUUGAAUCAAAACCAUAUGCAAACCUGUUAUAUCUUGGUAAAGUACUGCUACCGUUAAUCAAAUACGCCGUAUCCUAUUGAAUCAAAACCACAUGCAAACCUGUUAUAUGUUGGUAAAGUACUGCUACCGUUAAUCAAAAUAUGCGGUAUCCUAUUGAAUCAAAUCCACAUGCAAACCUGUUAUAUCUUGGUAAAGUACUGCUGCCGUUAAUCAAAAUACGCAGUGUCCAUUUGAAUCAAAACCACAUGCAAACCUGUUAUAUCUUGGUAAAGUACUGCUGCCGUUAAUCAAAAUAUGCCGUUUCCUAUUGAAGCUUCAUUUGCUUUUCUCCUGGAGUAUGCAUUUCAUCAAAAAAAUAUUAUAGGACAUUUUUAUGGAUUUUUUUCAUCUGUAUAAUUUCCUAUACCAAUGACAUUGAGGCUAAUUUUAAGGCAUCUAAUCUCAUUUCAUUCAGAUCCAUCAAAGAGCAAAGAUUAGGGAUCAGAAAUACUGCUUUGGUGGUGAAAAGUAAUAGGAUCUCAUAAAACAGUGAUGUUUCUUGUCAGAACCUUUGGCGAAAAUCCAAACUUCCUCCUAUGCAUGACAUCCAGAAGUAGGAAAAUAGGGAUUUCAUUCUUGAGGAAAGACUUAAGAUAGAAUGCUCUUAAAUGUUGCAAUGAAAUGUUAACAAAAGCUGUUAAUUCUUGUGUAACAAUCUUCACAGCCGUAAUAGAGUAAAAUCCACAUAUUAUCUUAUUGGAUUCUUUCCAAUGAUUGCUAAUUGGGCAGUUGAAAGAAAUAUUGGGAUUCGUACAGCAAAAUAUUUCUUAACUCUGGUAGAGUGCUGUAGGUCUGAUAUAAAAUGAGUGGUGUGAGAUAUCACUUGUGUAUCGUGGAUUAUUAAAACCAAAUGGAAGUAGAACAGAGCUGUUCUGUAAAGGGAAUAUAAGGGGAAGAAGAAGAAAGCCCUUAACUCCGAGUGGAGUCAUCGGGACGCCGUCAUGAUGGUGUUUUUUUUUAGUAGGCUUUCUUAUUUUUACAAGGCCGAGUUGCUAGCUUGAUGCUCAACCCAGCACAGAUGGAAAGCAUGCAAGGGAGCCGGCUGGAUUCGAACUUGGGAGCCUUCGCUCCGAAAUCCGGCGCUGAUGCCACUACACCACCAGCCGGCUAGUAUAAGGGGAAGAUAGCUAAUUAUUUUGGUUAUUUUCUUUUAUCUAUUCUUGAAUGUUAACAUGAAAUUGUUAUUGACACUACAUUUUACUGCUCUAUAGAAUGUUUGCAAUUUGGAUUUAUUUAUGUAGCUGCAAAAUUUUACCAUUUGUAUUGUAUAAUACUGCUAUGAUCAGUUUAAAAUGAUAUCAUACAAAUUACAGAAAGACAGUAAACCAUACAACAUUUUGCUGCUCUUUGUACUUCUAAUAGCAUUUCUACUACCUACAUCUUCAUGUUUUUUUAAAAAUUCAGUACAAUUGUUAUUUUCCUUUUUAAGUAAUAUUGCCUGCUUGAAAUCCACUUUAUAAAAUAAAUAAUGUUCAAGUUUUGUCAAAAACACUAUUUACCAAUCAUCACUUUGAAACAUCAAAAAACUUUAAAAAUCCAUACGUGGUCUGUCCUGGAGAAGGUGAUUAUUUUGGAAUUGUAACUAAGUAGUCUGUUGCUCCCUUUCCAUGGUCAAUAUCUAUCAUUAAUAAGGUAUUUAAGUAUUUAUGUAUUAUUUCAACUGAUACACUAGUCAGGUCAAAAUGACUUCAUCCAACCUUUUAUAUUAAAAUUAUUCAACAUCUUGCUGGCACCCAGAAUUACAUUUGCCUGUUAUGGCUUUUCACAUAGAUUAGAAUCUACUUCAGUGUUCAUAUUUACUUUGUGAAACAACAAAUUUCCUCUUUUUAUCCUUGGGUAUAAAGCAUCAUCAGUAUGUAAGUCAUUUGUAAAAGGAAAUAGGUGAUAUGUAGCGCAUAAAUAUCCCCAUUGAACUUUUUUGUUUAUAGGUAAAUAGAAAAUCAGAUGGGCUGUAUCAUAGUAUGUGAAGCACACUUUUCAAAGUGUACCAUCCAGAUAAUGAUUUAGCUCCAAUUGUUGAAAAGGCAAAUAUGCCCCUUGUUGUUUGGGUUUUUCCCAUUAGUUUUGUAUCCUAACACUUGUAGUUUUCUGUUAUUGACAAUCUUUAACAUCUUUCUUGUGUCUAUUUUCAAAGUCAUUUGGGUGCAUGCAGCUUCAAAUCUUGUGUUGAUUUAAUAGGAUGAUGGUUAUUGUCAUGAAAAUGUUUUGAUGCCUCUAGGUUAAAGGAUGAGGGCAGAACAGCUGAUAGUAGGUUGCAAUAUGUUUACUCUGCUCUUUUGUAUGGAAAUGACAAAAGGAAGCCUUAGCUACAUAGCAAAAAACAUAUUUGUGAUGAUAGUGAAAUCUUUGGGAUCAGUUGUAUCGUCUCAAGGAUUUAUGAUAUAUUUCUAUUUAGUAGGGAUGCCAUUAAGUUUUGUGAUUUGAUGUACUGUGUUCAGACUGUAUUGCAUUAGAUUAAUUCCAUUAAGUAAUUUCAUUUCCCUCAGUAAAUUUGUAUUGUCCAAAUUAACUACCUGUUUUUAUCUGCAAACUUUGUAUAUUAAUUUAAUUAUGUAGAUCAGUUUGUUGAUAAAAUGUAGCAAUCGGAUAUGUAACACGCAAUAAACAU